UGUUAGUGUUGAUUAAGUUAGUGGUUGAGUGAAAGUGUUUUUAGAUCUAAAAGUGAAAGGCGCUUGAGGGUACGGUAAAAAUAUUUGUAAAAUACAAACUUACGAUAUGUUUGAACAUCAUCCUGGGACGACAUGUCAUCGGUGAACGAUGGAGAACUAUGGAUAUCGAUUCAAAAUUAUGAUGUUAGCAACAGAACACAAUCGUACAAAGUAUUACAGAAUAUAAAGAAUGAACAUCAUGAAGUUAGCUACAAAAACAUACACACUGAUAUAAAGAAGAAGAAAAAGCGAAGAAAUCACCAUAAUGUUAGCAGUUCAGUGAAAAAAAUUCAGCUACAUGAAGAUAGCACCAGUAGUAGAACAGAUACAGUGAUAAAAGAUAAUGAAAAGAAAGUAAGAAAACACAAUGACGAUGGCAGCAUAAAUAUCACGAAAAAAAUCCUGCAAUAUGAAGUAAGCAAUAGGAGGACCGAUACAGAGAUAAACGAGAGGAAGAAUAAACUUGGCAUCACAAAAUGGCGACGUGAAACAAGAUGGCGGAUGUAUGCUUUGUUCAUACCGCUCGUUUUUUUAAACAUCAUUGGAUUAACUGAUGCAGAAAGUCUUACCAGCAGAGUACUUGCAUCAUUCCUAGGAUACCCAACUACGUGCAAUAUUGGUGUGGAAGUGCGACCUUGUACACUUUCCCUGAGUUGUUGGUUGCGGGGAGGUACCAGGGUUAGGGGUUGUGGAAGCGGGUGGUUGUUCUCCUGCUGUCUACCCCCAGAACCAGAGAGAAAUGACUUUGAUAACACGAUCCCAUCAUCAGACUGGAGGUUCAAAGUGGUGCCGCCGAAACUGCGUCAAGUACCACAGCGGAGUGUGGUACCAACGAACGUAUUUAGGCGGCGCGUGGACGAAGAUAUUAGCCAAAUGGAGUGUGGCCUGCCUUCUACCAGGAUACUGCAGAAGAGAAUUAUCGGUGGUAGAGAGGCCAGGUUCGCUGAGUUUCCAUGGCAAGCCCACGUUAGGAUAUCGGAAUUUCAAUGCGGUGGUGUAUUAAUAUCCAAAUGGUUUGUGGCAACUGCCGCUCAUUGCGUGUCGCGAGCGCGACCGCGAGAUAUAGCGGUGUGGCUUGGAGCUCUGGAUACCACGGCUGGGCUGAAUACUGCAAGGAAACUUGGGGUCGUUCAGAAGAUACUGCACCCUCUCUUCCAGUUCCGGAUGACUCAGCCUGACAGAUACGAUAUAGCCUUACUGAAACUAACACGGCCGAUCACAUACACCACCCACAUACUGCCAAUCUGUCUCCCGGACUCCGACAUUGAGCUGCGAGGAAAGUCAGGAGUUAUCGCUGGUUGGGGGAAGACGGAUGCUUCCAAUGGUCACACUGGAACUAAUCUUCUGAGAUCAGCUACUGUUCCUAUAUUGAGCACAGAGCAAUGUAUCAACUGGCAUCAGAGCAAACAGAUCCUAGUUGAAAUACACUCCGAGAUGAUCUGCGCUGGGCACUCUGAUGGACAUCAAGAUGCUUGUCUAGGUGACUCCGGUGGCCCCCUCAUAGUUCUAGACAGUGGGCGGUACUACCUAGUUGGAAUUACUUCAGCUGGCUUCGGCUGCGGUGUGGACCACCAGCCAGGCAUAUAUCACAACGUGAAGAUCACGGCUAACUGGAUAAAAGACGUUAUCAGCCCAGCUGCUAAUUUCAUUGACUUUUGACCUCGAUAUUACGUUAGCAUUCUGUUAAAUAGUAAGUUAGUUGCGACGGUUAACAUUAACGUCUUAUUAGAAACGAUUUGCA